AUGCAGGAAAUUGAAGCUAAGAAACAAUUGAAAGCAAGUGAAGGAGCUCACUUCUUUUACACUUUGAUCUUCCUUAGUGCUUCAGGCAUAAUAGAGACAUAAUUUAUUGAUCAGAAAUGUAAUUAGAAUUUAGCUUUGUUUAUUCAUUUGGUUUUCUACGGAUUAAUUAUUUGGGGAACCUACAUUUUGAUAACCUUGAUACCCAGAUACAAAAAUCCUGCAAUAAACUUGUUCUUCAAUUUCUUGGACAUCUGUUUUGCAAUUUACAUCACCUUUUUGUUAAUUUAUGGAUACCGACUCUAUUCCUCACAGAACGAUUGUGCAGUUGAGGCUCCUGUGCUCUACCUCUUUUUGGAAGUAUUCAUGCUGGUCAAUGGGAUCAUUUUCAUCAUUUUGGGUCUUGCCUUUAUUUCUUACAUCUUGAAGAGAUUCUCCAAACAUCAAUAGACAUAUGCUCAAGGGGAGGAGGAAUACUUAGAUGCAUGA